AUGAGACUCAACCCCACCCAACUUACUCUUGCACUCUCCGUUCAAACUCUGCAGCGGGACAUAUAUCCGCAUAUUCCAAACGACAGCGCUGCCCAAGCCAGUUGCACCAUUCUCAUCAAGCUUCUUACUGAGCUCUGGGCUCGAUAUGCGCCUGGCGAUUGUGGCACGCGACCAUUGCUGCGCUCUCUCCUCGCGCAAGGCGUCGCCCUCGAAUCAGACAUACGAGCAGCCUUGAGCCUAGAAGUCAAUAGUGUCGCAAAUGUUUCCGAUGACGCUCCCUUUGACGAGCUAGCUCGUCGAUAUGAAGAAAUUACAGAUCGAAUUGCGGCCUUGUCCCAAGAGCUUGCCAAGUCUUCGCUUCAACAGACACCCUCAUUAUUACGCCGCACAGCCGAGUGGGAAGCAUCUUAUUACAAGCAGAACAUCAAGGCAACGGAGGAAGCGACGAAAUCAAAAUUCAACAAAGACAGCGAGAAGAGCGACACCAAGUCUGUUGCAAAGCCCACCCCUGGGACUCACAAAGCGGAGGAUGACGUCGGAAUUUCUUCCAGUGCCCUCGAAUCUUUUCUUCAAGCUUCUAGAUCCGACCCCACGCUCAAAGUGUCCAGCCUCUCAAGACUGACUGGGGGCCACGGGAAACAGACAUACUCAUGCGAGAUCAUCUCGUCUGAAUCGAAGGUGGAGGAGCGAUCCGAGAUCGUGAUUCGCAAAGCAGACAUGGCUCCCAUAAUCCUGCGCUCCACAUUCCGCAUCGAGGAGGAGUUCGCGCUUCUGCAUGACCUAUCCACAAAUACAGACUUCCCAUGCCCUCGGCCUUUUGACCUUGCAAGUCCGGUGCCAAAUGGUGUGGAUGCGCCUUUCUUUACGAUGAGUAAACUCCGAGGCGUUAUCCCAAGCAUGUACCUUGGGACAGGAAGCGUGGUGAUCCAAGAAAAGACCGCCAAGGAGCUGGCACAACUACUGGCGCGACUUCACACAUAUCCCCUAGAAAGGUUUUCGGGGUAUUUCAAGUCAAUCGGCGAGGAAGUUGAGGAUGUGAAACUUACGCCUAUCUCGGAACGAUACAGGAAAAGUCUGGACUCAUGGGCAACAUAUGCCAAAGACGUCGAGCAUUUAUCAUCACCAUUUCUCACCUGGCUCUUGCACUGGCUACAGAGCCAUGUACCUGAUGAUGACCGCACACCUGUUCUCAGCCAUGGAGACUUUUCUAUCCACAAUAUCCUACAAGUUGACGGGGAUGUUACUGGGGUUCUGGACUGGGAAUGUGCCGAAUUCCUCUGUCCAGAACAAGAUCUGGCAUACAUCCAGCCACUCUUGAGCAAGUCUUAUUCAUGGGAAAAGUUCCUGGACCAUUACAAGGAAGCCGGAGGUCCCACUAUCCACGAAGAGAACUUCCCUUUCGUACAGGCCUACGCGGUAUUGCGCACCAUGUUGGCCUUCAAUCGAGCCAACCGGAAUCUUGACGUUGGGGACAGUAAAGAUAUUCGAUUUCUAUUGACCGAGUACGGAUAUCUAGCUGCGUUUAUGGGAAUAGGCCUAGAGUCUACUUCCCAACACCCGAGCCACGAGGUCAUUAUGCCAGCGGCCUCAAUCGAUGUGCUCGACGAACCAGUCGCAACAAAACCUUUUGUCGAGAGUCACCCAGUUGUAAAGUCCGAUGCCCACGGCCCUCAAACCAACACCUUCAUGAUUCGUGGUGACGACACAAAAAUUCGACAACCUCCAGGACUGACACCAAAUUGGCAGGAAAGCGUCGUUUUGGUUUGGUGGGAUGACGAGCAUAAGAUUGGGGGCUUUCACCGACUGGGCCAUGAACCCAACAGGCCAGCCGGCGGAGAAGCUAUCAUCUGGACAAACAUUGUCACACCGGCCGGGAUUUUUAAGCGUGUCCAGACCAAUUCAUUGCGAGAGGCCGAUAAACUGGCGGAUGGCGGUUUCGGGUCUGGCGAUGAUACGUGCUCGGUCGAGUACAUUAACGGAGACCACAUCUGGACGAUUGAUGAACCAGAACAGGGUAUUACCGCGAGGAUUGUCCAUCGUGAUACGGGACCCAAUGUCGAUUGUUUUCCCAAACGAGGGAGCAUGGAGAAGGACUUUUCGACAGCUCAUUUUGACAUCCCAGGCAGAGUUACUGGCCAGCUGACCUUCUCUGGACACAAAUACGACAUUCACGGAUUAUCGCUCAGAGAUCAUGGCUGGGGAAAUCGCGACUGGGGUGAGUCGGCGUACUCUCACCGAUGGCUUGUUGGAACAGCUGGUGAAAACUUUUCUUUCAUUGCCGUCAGCUGGCAUGCAACAGUAAAUGAUCGGGUGGGCAAUUUCGGUUGGGUUGUGCGGGAUGGAGAAAUAACUCUGGCAAAAGAAGUGGACAUACUCGUCUACAUGGAAGUUGACAGUUGUUCCACAAGAGGAGGGAGACUAAAAAUGGUAUUAACAACAGGGGAGAAUCUGGACAUUGAAUGCGAGGCAGUGGCUGGUAAGGCGACUGUGUGUUGGCAUCUUGGGAUGGCAUGUGUGGAUAGGCUUUGUCGUUUCAAUUGCAAGGAGAAUGGAGUGGAAGGCUUUGCGAAUGUUGAGAGCACGAGCAAUGUGCAGUUUGGAAUGAGGAAGCCCGGUAACUUGGUUGGGGGUGUUAUUGAGAAUGGCUUGACUGUGAUGGAGUAG